GCGUAGAACUCCAGCGUCCCCAAAAUCGCUUCAGUCAUCGAACCAGGAAGAAGGUGGGCUAGCCCUGCAAAGCUAACACCCCGAUCUUUCUGUUCACUUUCUCCGACAAGAAUGGGAUCAUCCAGGUGGAGGGUGGCAGCUGCGGUGUUCCUCAGUGUACUAGGCUCCUUAUUACCUGUCGAAGCAGAUGAACACGACCACACAUACAUAGAUAAAGAGGAGGUGGUAUUAUGGAUGAACACAGUGGGGCCUUACCACAACCGACAGGAGACGUACAAGUAUUUCUCUUUACCCUUCUGUGUGGGUACAAAGAAAACCAUCAGUCAUUACCAUGAAACGCUUGGAGAAGCUCUGCAAGGAGUGGAGCUGGAAUUUAGCGGCCUUGACAUCAAGUUCAAAGAUGAAGUCAUGCAGACAACAUAUUGUGAAAUUGACCUGGACAAAGUCAAACGGGAUGCUUUUGUGUAUGCCAUAAAGAAUCACUACUGGUACCAAAUGUACAUCGAUGACCUGCCCAUUUGGGGUAUUGUUGGUGAGGCAGAUGAAAAUGGAGAAGAUCACUACCUUUGGACAUAUAAGAAAUUGGAGAUCGGCUUUAACGGGAACAGAAUUGUUGAUGUAAAUCUUACUAGUGAAGGCAAAGUUCGACUUGUGCCCAACACAAGGAUUGCAAUGUUUUACUCUGUGAAAUGGAAGAAGUCUGAUGUGAAGUUUGAGGACAGAUUUGACAAGUACCUCGACCCAUCCUUCUUCCAGCACAGGAUACAUUGGUUCUCUAUCUUCAACUCCUUCAUGAUGGUGAUCUUCUUGGUGGGUCUGGUGUCCAUGAUUUUGAUGAGAACCCUCAGAAAGGACUACGCCAGAUACAGCAAAGAGGAAGAAAUGGAUGACAUGGACCGAGACCUGGGAGAUGAAUACGGCUGGAAGCAGGUGCAUGGAGAUGUAUUCCGGCCCUCAAGCCAUCCGCUGAUUUUCUCCUCACUCAUUGGUUCCGGCUGCCAGAUCUUCUCCGUAUCUCUCAUUGUCAUAAUCGUGGCAAUGGUUGAGGAUCUGUAUACAGAGAGAGGAUCGAUGUUGAGCACAGCCAUUUUUGUGUAUGCUGCCACCUCCCCUGUCAAUGGCUACUUUGGUGGAAGUUUGUAUGCAAAACAAGGAGGAAGAAGGUGGAUUAAGCAAAUGUUCGUCGGAGCCUUCAUGAUCCCAGCAAUGGUGUGUGGAACGGCCUUCUUCAUCAACUUCAUUGCAAUCUACUAUCACGCCUCCAGAGCGAUCCCAUUUGGCACCAUGGUGGCUGUUUGUUGCAUCUGCUUCUUUGUCAUUCUGCCGCUAAACCUGGUGGGAACAAUUUUGGGGAGGAAUCUUUCUGGCCAGCCAAACUUCCCAUGCAGGGUGAAUGCUGUGCCGAGGCCAAUCCCUGAAAAGAAAUGGUUCAUGGAGCCAGCUGUCAUCGUCUGUCUCGGUGGAAUCCUUCCUUUCGGUUCCAUCUUCAUUGAAAUGUAUUUCAUCUUCACAUCUUUCUGGGCCUAUAAAAUCUACUAUGUAUACGGUUUCAUGAUGCUGGUCCUGGUUAUCCUUUGCAUUGUGACGGUGUGUGUCACCAUCGUGUGCACGUACUUCCUGCUCAAUGCCGAGGACUACAGAUGGCAAUGGACAAGCUUCCUGUCUGCUGCAUCCACUGCGGUUUAUGUUUACAUGUACUCUUUUUACUACUAUUUCUUCAAAACCAAGAUGUACGGGCUGUUCCAGACAUCCUUCUACUUUGGUUACAUGGCUGUGUUUAGCACUGCUCUUGGAAUCAUGUGUGGUGCAGUUGGAUACAUGGGAACAAGUGCCUUUGUGAGGAAGAUAUACACAAAUGUGAAAAUAGACUAAAGCAGGUGGAUCAUGGUCAUGGAAUCGCCUGCGUGUAUCCUGGAAGACGGCUGGCACACAACAUUCUUUAUUAGUUUCUUUCUUGCGACGAGAUUGUGAGAAUCUCACUUUGUACAAUGUAGUUUUCCAUUUUCUGAAUGAAUUUCAACGCUGCAACAUGAUCAGAUGCAGAGUUGUGGAUGUGGCAUCAAACAAGGUUCUGUUUUUAUCAGUUGCUUUCAUACAAAUAUCGGGGACAAAUAUGUUCAGGCUUAUGUGGCUUCUCUUCCAAACCAGUCCCACCUGAGACCAGACUACAUACAUGUUUAUGGAUGGAAUAGUGCAGCUCUCUUCAGUGAAGAGGCCCAAGUAUAUUGAAAGCCUUUAUUUGUUCUAUUGUGUCAGAAUAACGAGUUGGCUUUGUGCCCAUAUUCUGACUUGAUUUCUAUUUUGUAUUCUUGAAGUCAACUCACAGUAACGUUAGUGCAUAGUGCAGUACUUUGUUCCCAUUUUCUUCCGCUCCAAAAUAAGUUGGUCACUUGUCAUUCCCGUAUUUUGGCGGCUCUAAUUUACCUGUUCCAGUGAUCCAUCCAGUUGCAAUGUUUUGAGUCCUGCUGUAGUUUACUGUGGAGACAAGAAUGAGGGCCAGAUCAGAAGUUGAGGUACAGUUAGAGACUUUUAAAAGGAUGUGAUGCUAUCCCCCAGCUUUAGUCAUUUUCUUAAUGUGUGGGUUUGAAUUACAUCUACAUGUAAAGAUAAUAUAUAUAUAUGAGGGGAGUGUAUAUAACCUUAAUGUACCUCUUGCUGUAGAGCGCAAAUGUAUUUUUGUUGUACAGAUUUAAAAUAGGGUGUUUUUUAAUGAAUCAGCUCAAAACAAAAGUAUGUCUUUGGUGAUCGGGGUGUGGUUGGUGGCCCUGUUUCAUCUUGCCUGAAAUUGCAUGGUUUUCACCAAACUAUAGAAUGAUCAAAUUGUUUCACUGGUAGGAUCAGCUUCAUAGUGUAAGGAAGCAUUGCAGAGGUAGGCUGGUCUGUGAAGGCUCACAUUGAUUUCAUAUUUAAAGCUUUAAAAAGGCUUGGCAUCUCUUAAGUCCAUUACAGACCCCUCUUUGUUGCAAAACAUGACAUGCCAUGUGUGAAUGUCCAAAGGAAUGAGCUUUGUUUUCACACUGUACAAAAAGUACACUUGACAUCUUCAUAACCACACAGAGUGCUGCAGUCCUUCAAAGUCUUUAUUUAGUCCCACAUAUUGCGUAUAUACAGUAUGUUCCCUACUUGUACUGCCUUCUCAUUUCCAAUUCUGCCCCACUGAAGUUUAUUUUGGCACCUCAUGUUAUGUACCAAUGUCUGAUGAGACAUUUUCAUCCUGCAUAUUGUUGUAAAAAGAGGGAAUAAACAUGUUUAUGUACAGUG